GCGGAACAAGGGAAGGGGCAGAACUCCACCGGUUUCACUUUCACGUUCCACGUGCCUUGCGCGCAAUUUUGCAUCGCGCAAUAUUUAUAGUUAUUGCUAUUUGCAAUAAACGUAAUUAAAAUGGCAACGGAAAGGAAAGGAACUUUUAAGGUUAAAUACCUUCAGGAAAUUGAGAGAAAUAUGCAAGUGAAAUGGGAAGUUGCGAAGGUAUACGAAGUGAAUGCAUCUACCCUAAAUAAGAAACCAGGUGAAAAAUUUUUUGCCACUUUUCCAUAUCCUUAUAUGAAUGGACGUCUCCAUCUCGGUCAUACUUUCUCAUUAUCAAAGUCUGAGUUUGCUACUCGAUACAAUCGUCUCUUGGGGAAAAAAGUGCUUUUUCCCUUUGGCUUUCAUUGCACGGGUAUGCCUAUUAAAGCAUGUGCUGAUAAAUUGACGAGAGAAAUGGAAAUAUAUGGUUAUCCACCCAAGUUUCCUGAAGAACGUGAAAUGGUGGAAAAAGAGACGGAAGGCCCAAAGGACAAGAGCAAGGGGAAAAAGAGUAAGGCGGUUGCCAAAGCUGGUUCGGCUAAAUAUCAGUGGCAAAUUAUGCAAACCCUUGGCUUACAAAAUGAGGAAAUCAAGAAGUUUGCCGACGCUGCAUAUUGGUUGGAAUAUUUUCCACCACUUGCUGUGCAAGACUUAAAAUCUAUCGGUCUUCAUGUGGAUUGGCGAAGAACGUUUAUUACGACAGAUGCAAACUCAUUUUAUGAUUCUUUUAUACGCUGGCAGUUUCAUCAUUUGAAAUCUAGAAACAAAAUCAAGUACGGAAAGAGAUACACUAUUUAUUCGCCAAAAGAUGGCCAACCUUGUAUGGAUCAUGAUAGAUCCUCUGGUGAAGGUGUUGGACCACAGGAAUAUACAUUGAUCAAAAUGAAAGUUCUACGUCCUCAGAAAAUCAUGAGUUUUGACGAUAGAUCAGUUUAUCUCGUAGCUGCAACUUUAAAACCGGAGACAAUGUAUGGUCAAACAAACUGUUGGGUUCAUCCAGACAUUAGCUACAUAGCGUAUAAUUUAACAUGCGGGGACGUAUAUAUUUCUACAGAACGUGCGGCGAGGAAUAUGUCCUAUCAAGGUUUCUUUAAAGAAGAGGGAAAGAUAGAUGUUGUUGGAAAGUUCAUGGGCAAAGAUUUAUUAGGACUGGAAUUGGAAGCUCCCCUCACAUUUAACAAGGUGAUUUAUACGUUACCUAUGUUAACGAUAAAAGAAGACAAAGGUACUGGCAUCGUAACUUCCGUCCCUAGUGAUUCUCCUGACGAUUAUGCUGCAUUAGUGGAUCUAAAAAAGAAACAGCCGCUUAGAGAAAAAUACGGAAUUACCGACGAGAUGGUGUUGCCAUAUAAUCCAAUUCCAAUCAUCCAAGUUCCAGAAUUUGGCAAUUUAUUAGCAGUAACAUUAUAUGAGCAGUUAAAAAUUCAGUCCCAAAAUGACAAAGUUAAACUCGCAGAAGCAAAGGAGAUAGCAUACUUGAAAGGAUUUUACGAUGGCGUACUAUUAGUAGGUCCACAUAAAGGCAAAAAGAUACAAGAUAUUAAGAAACUGGUUCAGAAAGAAAUGGUUAACAGUGGCGAAGCAGUGAUUUAUUAUGAACCAGAAAAAACUAUUAUUUCAAGAUCAAAUGAUGAAUGCGUAGUGGCUUUAUGUAAUCAAUGGUAUUUGGAUUAUGGUGAAGAAAACUGGAAGAAAGAAACGCUUGAGGCUUUAAAGAAUCUCGAUACCUUUCACGAUGAAGUUAGAAAAAAUUUCCUUGCUUGCUUCGAUUGGUUACACGAACACGCAUGCUCCAGAACAUAUGGACUCGGCACAAAAUUACCAUGGGAUGAAAGUUGGUUGAUAGAAUCUCUGUCAGAUUCUACUAUUUACGUGGCUUAUUAUACAAUAGCGCAUUUGUUACAAGGAGGAACUUUUAAAGCAGACGGACCUAAUGAGUUUGGAUUAAAAGCUUCAGAUAUGACAUUAGAAGUAUGGGAUUAUAUCUUCUUUAAAGACGCUAAAUGGCCCAAGACAAAUAUAGACAAAGUAUUUGUAGAUCGUAUGAGGCACGAAUUUCAGUAUUGGUAUCCCGUAGAUUUGAGGGUGUCAGGAAAAGAUCUAAUACAAAAUCAUCUUACAUAUUUUCUCUACAAUCACACAGCAAUAUGGCCAAAUCAGCCUGAGCUAUGGCCACGAGGAAUAAGGGCAAAUGGUCAUCUGCUUCUGAAUUCAGCAAAGAUGUCCAAGUCAGAGGGCAACUUUUUAACACUUGUCGAGGCUGUAGAAAAAUUCUCAGCUGAUGGAAUGCGUCUCUGUUUAGCUGAUUCUGGUGAUUCGAUAGAGGAUGCUAAUUUCAUUGAAAGUACAGCCGAUGCAGGAAUUCUUAGACUGUAUAAUUUUAUAGAAUGGGUCAAAGAUAUAUUGAAUAUGAAUCAACACUCCUGCCACACUGGCGUGCAAGAUUUUCAUGAUAAAGUAUUUGAAAGCGAAAUUAAUUUGAAAAUACGAGAGACUGGUGAAAACUAUUCGAAAAUGCUCUAUAAAGAAGCAUUAAGGACAGGAUUUUACGAAUUUCAAACAGCUAGAGAUAAAUAUUUACAAACAAGUCCAAUGGUUAAUCUGGAUCUAAUUAAAAAGUAUAUCGAGAUUCAAAUAAUUCUUCUGUCUCCCAUUUGUCCACAUGUUUGCGAAUAUAUAUGGGGAGACUUGCUUAAGAAAGAUGGCAGUAUAUUAAAUGCAAAAUGGCCUGUGGUAGGAGAAAUAAACGAAAUUUUAAUAAAAUCGUCUGAAUAUCUAAUGGAUGCUGCUCAUACAUUCAGAAUUCUUCUAAAAAAUUACAUGAUGCCAAAAAAGUCUAAAGCAAAGAAUGAUUUCACCGACAUGGAGAAACCUACGCAAGGAAUUAUCUGGGUAGCAAAGACUUGGCCUCCUUGGCAAAGUAUCAUCCUUACAACGAUGAGGGAAAUGUACUCUAAAAAUGAGAAUAAAUUACCAGAUAAUAAAGCGCUUUCCGCAGCGUUUGCUGGCAAAGCUGAGCUGAAAAAAUAUAUGAAAAGGGUAAUGCCGUUCGUGCAGCUUGUCAAGGCGAAGAUGGAAACCGUUGGUCUCAGUGCACUGAAUUUGACCCUUGAUUUUAACGAAUUCAAUGUACUUGAAACAAACAAGGAGUAUCUCAAAAAUACAUUAGGCCUUCACGAUAUUGUCAUUAAAUAUACGGAUGAAGCUCCAGAAAAGACGAGAGAAGAAUGUUGUCCAGGUGCACCGUACAUGAACUUUUUUGCAAAGCCCAUAGUUUCAAUAUGUAUUAUUAAUCCUCAAAGUUGUAGCAAUUUACUUGAACUGUCCAUGGAAAUUUCGACUGUAACGGCUGCAGAUAUUGUGUCCUAUAUUGCAAAACAAAACAAGCAUAUAAAAGAUCCCGCUUCGAUCGUCUUGUAUCGGUUCAACGAUCCAAAUUUGGGACCCAGAAUCAGGCCGGUAGCAGGAGACAUUUUAAAAGGAAAAACCAAACUUCCACGGGAUUCUGUAUUUAACGUAGAUACAGAAACAGAAAGCGUCCAAGUCAGCGUAGCAGGUAAAACCUAUCUAGUAGGCGAAUCCUUGAUAUAUAUUGAUAAAUCUCUGGAAUAAUAAACGACACCGUUGAUUCUCUAGCGAUUAAACAUUUUAUUAUUGAGUCA